CCAGUCCCACCACUGCUACUCUUCGUUGCUCCCAGGCUCGGUUGCCCCAAACCCCCGGUCCUCCCCCUCGGCUUAUCCCCAUGGGCAAAUCCGGCGCGAGGAAGAAGAAGCCCUCCCAUUCCGCCGCCGCCACCACUACCGCCGCCGCCAAUUCGCCUCCAUCCGCACCCGAGCAAAAGGCUGCGCCGCCCGCGGCCCCCGUAGCGAACGGGGCGGCGCAGCACGCGGCGGUGGACCCCGCCGUGCUCCUGCGGCGCGCGCACGAGCUCAAGUCGGAGGGCAACAACCUGUUCCAGGCGCGCGACUACGCCGGCGCGCUGCGGCAGUACGAGCUCGCGCUCCGCCUCGCCCCGCGCGGCCACCCCGACCGCGCCGUCUUCCACAGCAACCGCGCCGCCUGCCUCCUCCAGCUCCGCCCCGUCGACCACAACGCCGUGGCCGAGGAGUGCUCCCUCGCGCUCCAGGCCGAGCCGCGCUUCCCGCGGGCACUCCUCCGCCGCGCGCGCGCGCUCGAGGCGCUCGGCCGCCACGAGCUCGCGCUCGCCGACACCCUCGCGCUCCUCGCCCUGGACCCCGACCAUCGCGACGCCGUCGACCUCGCCCACCGCCUCCGGUCACGUAUCCCCUCUUCCUCCUCCACCUCAGCCUCCACCCACGAACCCACCAGCCGCCCUUCCCCUGCCGCCCUUGGUGCCUCCGCCGUUGUAGCCGGCCUCGGGCCUUCCCUCCCUGCCCGCCCCUUCCCGAAGAAACAAUCACCUUCGUCGCCUCCUCCUCCUCCUCCUCCUCUGCAGCAACCAGGACCGGCGAUGUCUAAAUUUAAUCCGUCACCAGUGCCCAAGUUGGUACCUUUCUCCAACUCCCCGCCAUCUUCUGCCAAGGCUUCGAUAGCUGAUACUUCGCAGAAGACUGUGCCAGCACUGUCAGUGCCCUCAUCCAAACCAGUGUCAGGGACGGUGCUGAUUGACAGGAAGGUUGUCACGAGAUGGAGGCCUCUCAAGCUGGUGUAUGGCCAUGAUAUUAGGCUUGGGCAGAUGCCUGAAAAAUGCAGUUUCCAGACGCUUCGGGAAGUUGUGGCGAAGCGGUUCCCAUCAUCCAAGGCGGUGCUGAUGAAGUAUAAGGACGCCGAUGGUGAUCUAGUUACCAUCACUUGCACAACUGAGCUCCGAUUGGCUGAGGCUUGUAGUGAUGGCAACAAUGUAAUGGAAGGUGAGAAUAACUUUCGUAUGCUGAGGCUGCACAUUGUUGAAGUAAGCCCAGAGCAAGAGCCUCCGCUGCCAAUAGAAGAGCUGAAGCUGGAGGAGGAUGAGGAGUUGUUAGUCACCGGUGAGGAUAGCCCUUCACAUAUUUCUGCAGAAGUAACUAGUGCCGAGGUUACAAAGCCAGAUUUGGAGCAUGGAGUUGCUGAACAGAGUACUCUGACAGGGAAGAAAGAUUGUGGCCAUGCUGAGUGCAAGGAAGCUGAAAUUGACGAUUGGUUGCUUCAGUUUGCAGAGUUGUUCCGAAACCAGGUCGGUAUUGAUGCAGAUGCACAUCUAGACCUUCAUGAACUGGGGAUGGAGUUGUGUUCUGAGGCACUCGAGGAAACAGUGACAAGUGAGGAGGCCCAAUCCAUUUUUGAGAUGGCUGCGGCAAAAUUCCAGGAGGUUGCCGCUUUGGCGUUAUUUAACUGGGGAAAUGUGCACAUGUGUGCUGCAAGGAAGCGCAUCCCUCUUGAUGAAUCUUCGCCAAAGGAAAUCAUGUCUGCUCAGCUCCGCACAGCUUAUGAUUGGGUGCGAGAGCGGUAUGCUCUUGCAGGCCACAAAUAUGAGGAGGCCUUGAAAAUCAAGCAAGAUUUCUAUGAAGGGCUUCUUGCUUUAGGUCAGCAACACUUUGAGACAGCAAAGCUUCAUUGGUCAUUUGCAUUGGCAGAUAAGGUUGACCUGUCUACCUGGGAUUCUUCAGAAACAUUCAAGCUUUUCAAUAGUGCUGAGGAGAAGAUGAGGGCUGCAACAGAGAUGUGGGAGAAAGUGGAAGAAAAGAGAAUGUUAGAGUUAAAAACACCUGGCGCGAGUGAGAUGGAUGAGAUAUUGAAGAAAAGAAGAAAGCAACACAGUACAGAUGGUCAAGGGGAGUUGACACCGGAGGAGGCAGCUGAGCAGGCAGCGGUAAUGAGGCAACAGAUUCACCUGUUUUGGGGCAAUAUGCUUUUUGAGCGCUCUCAAGUGGAGUUCAAGCUCACUGUUGGUGAUUGGAAGAGCAAUCUUGAUGCUUCUGUUGAAAGGUUUAAGUUGGCUGGAGCUUCAGAAUCAGAUAUCUCAACUGUGCUGAAGAACCAUUUUUCCAAUGCAGUGUCUGCAUGCGAAGAGAAGAAAAACGUGCCUCCAGGCACAGAAAGUUCCCAAACAAGUGAUAACGUUGAUGACGAGUCUGUGGUUGAGAGCUAAGUUCUUAUUGUUUUAAGCUAGAUGAAAUCAAUGAUUAUCAUAUUCGAUUGCUUGAUAGGCCUUAUUUGCUGUUGAUAACAUUGUGUUGUAUCAUGGAUCCCAAAUUUAGAGAUUGUAGCAAACUGAAAUUUUGAUUCACAUAACUGGCUUGGACUUCACAUGAUCCAUACAUCUGGAUAAUUUAUUAGACAUGUCCCUUUUUUGCUUGAUAAA